AUGAAAAGCUACAAAACGCUUUCGUUAAACAGACUUUCUUCGAUGAAAUAUCAGAUUACGUCAGUGAAGGGCUUAUAUUCGACUUGGAAGAUGCCAUCAACACUCGACAAUGACAAGGCCGUUGAUCUGCUCUGCAAGAAACCCUAUGGCUUGCUCUACCUUAUCGAUGAUGAAUGCAAAUUCCCAAAAGCUUCCGAUGAGUCAUAUUUGCGACAUUGCAACUUGAAUCAUCUCGACAAAAAUGUGUAUGGAAAGGCGAAGAACAAAGACCGCCUACAAAUGUCUGUACGGCACUUUUUUGGCACUACAUGGUACAGUGUUCAUGGGUUUGUUCAACGGAACAAGCGCUCUUUACCCGGUCAAGUGGUGAAGAUUCUGGCCGAAAGCCAAAACCCGGUGAUUUCCAUGCUAUUCCGUCCAAUAGCUAAUGGAAAGGAAUGUGCCGACUAUGUUGUCUACGCUGCGCAACAAUUCAAUACGGCAUCCACUGCGAUGGUGGAGAAAAUUCUGAGCGGGAACUCGCACUUUGUCCGAUGUGUGAAGUGCAACAACGAACGUCUCCCAGCUCGUCUCGAUGUUCCCUCGCUGGCGCGACAACUGAAAGCUCUUUGCAUCAUGGAGACUCUACAUUUUCGUCGGGCAGGAUAUCCUGUACGAAUACCGUUCGAGCGAUUUGCUCAGAGUUACCGUUGCCUUCUUCCCUCGGAUAUUGCCCUUUGCCAGAAGCAGAAAGAAAUCAUCGUUGAUAUCUUAGACGGACAGGGUGUCAAGUUUGCUAAUGAUUUCCAAAUAGGUGAGUGA